UUUUCUUUACUUUGUUAUAUCAAUCUUCUUUCUUAUCAAGUAAAUACUAUAAUUACCCUGUGAACACCAUAAAAUUCUUCAUGUGCACCUGGUUUUGCUUGUAGUGAAAUGGUACGUGAAAGCAAUGAUUGAAGAGCAUCAAGAUCACGAAGAAAGAUGGCGAAAUGGUUCGGCCUUCAAGAUUAUCACUGUAUCUGGAGUGUGCGUGUGCGUGUGUGUUCUCCUGGUUUGCAGGUCUUUCCAUAAGAAAAUGUUGUCCUUUGUUCUGGUAAUUUCUCUUUUCGAGUUGGAUUACAUUACAUCACACGGUUCGGGUUAUUGCCUCUUGUACAAUGUGUGGUGGUGUGCAUAUAAAGCAUGCUGCUGCCGCCGCCGCCGCUUAUUUUCCUUCAAUUAUAACCAGUUACGAAUGGUGUACUGGCGUAGCAAUUGCUAUGUCAGCCUAUCUGUUGUCAUUGCUCCACCAGCACUUCUUUUUUCUAAUUUUUACUGCUGAAUUGUUAAUUAACCAACUCAUAAUGCUAAAAAAAGAAGAAGAAAUUUGGUCAAACUUGUUUUCUGUCCAGGGACUUUUACCGAUAUUCUGCUAAAAAAUCGUUGAACACCUGACCAGCUGACCUGCAUUCCAGGAGCUGAAAGCAAUUAGGCUUUAGUUUUCCUUCAAUAUUUCAUUGGAAGACCUGCCGAACAACAAUUUUCCUAUUCUUGAUUUUCCCCUGCUGCCGGUUUUUUUGCUUUUUCAUAAUUACCAUUAGUCACCAUCUCUAUCUUUCUCUCCUGAGAAAACAAAAAUAUAACCAGGUGUGGAAGCAAGCGAAGCGCUUGUGGGAAUAUGGAUCCCUUAAAACUGUCAAAUGUAAUCGUCAAUUCAACUGGAGAAUUUCAUGAAUCGGUCACUUGUUUCACCCUACCUCCAAAGGUAAAUUCACCUGGAUUGGAAGAGUACUUGGUCAACAGCAAAUUUGAACCAUUGAGUUAUACAUUGCCAAAUCUGGAGGUGCUCAUGGCGGUGGUAUUUGGUAUCACCCAGGUCUUGAAUUUUGCGUUCAGAAGAAUAGGACUGCCAUCGCUAAUCUCACAGAUUCUUGCAGGCCUGAUUUUCAAUCCAGCAGUGCUUCCUCAUAGUGUUUCAAAGGUUCUAUUUUCAAGGGCAGGUGUAGAAAAUCUUGUUACAGUAGCAACAAUGGGCUACCAGUUGUUUAUGUUUCAAAGUGGAGUAAAAAUGGAUAUGGAGAUGUUAAGAAAUGUAGAAGGAAAGGUCUUACUUCUUGGUGUUUCUUGUGUAUUAUUACCACUUCUACUCGGUCUAGCAACCUUAACAGUUAUGACCAAGAAAGAGUAUUUAAUGAAUUUCUUUAUUGCAACAGUGUAUUCGAUGUCUUCAUUUCCUGUGAUAGUUAGCCUUCUCCAUGAGCUAAAACUUCUAAACUCACAACUCGGCCGGUUAGGACUGUCAACAGCGCUAGUUAGUGACCUUGUUGGCCUUCUGCUUCUUAUUGUUUCAUCUUUGCUGAGAGCAGCAGACCACGAGCUCAAUGAAACCGGAGAUGGUGUAAUAGGGAUGCUUGUUUUCAUCCUUACUGUUGCAUUGAUUCUUAGACCAGCAUUGAAUCUUCUAGCAAGAAAGAUGUGUGAUAGCCUGAAGGAAUUGUACGUUUACUUCAUCAUUUCACUGUUCCUGGGUUCUGUGUUGCUUUCACAUAUUAAUGGAUUGGCUGUUUUUUAUGGGCCCUUUAUUGUUGGUCUAGCUGUGCCAUCUGGACCGCCACUGGGAUCUUCUGUUUUGGAGAAGUUCGAAGCAAUUACAGGUUACAUCCUUGCAAUUUUUGUCACAUCAUGUGGCAUGAGGGUGGAUUUUGCAAACACAAAAUUUGACGAGAUCAAGUUAUCAAUCGCUGCAGUUGCUCUUACUGUGAUUACCUCGGCCAAAUUCUUGGUGUGUUACGUUUCACAUUCAUUCUUUUGGGAAUCGCCAACAAAAAAUGGUGCUGCCUUUGCCCUCAUAAUGUGUGCGAAAGGCGUCGUUGAGUUGGCCUUGUACAGUUUCUUGGAUGAUGCUCAGGCAAUAAUGGAUGAUGCUUUCAUUUUCAUGGUUGGUACAGUCAUCGUCUUUGGCAGCGUUGUACCAAUUCUUGUGAGAAGGCUAUACAAUCCUGAAAAGAGAUAUGUAGGAUGCCUGAAAAGGAAUCUCAUAGAGUCCAGGCAAAAUUCAGAGCUGCAAAUUAUUUCUUGUAUCCAUGCACCAGGAGAUGUGAAUGCGGUAAUAAAUCUUCUUGAUGCCUCCUGUGGUGGAGAUAGCCCUACUGCGGUUACAGUGCUUCACCACAUCAAGCUUGUCGGGCAAUCUACUCCACUCUUCAUUUCCCACCGAAAGGGGAGGGUAAUAGUCUGUGAUUAUUUACAUUCAAUGAACGUCAUUCGUUUGUUCAACGAAUUCGAGCAAAACAGUCGUGGAUCGUUGUCGGUGAAUGCAGUCACAGCAGUCUCUCUGCUGAAAUUCAUGUAUGAUGAUAUUUUCUCACUGGCAGUGGAGAAGCUCGCAUCUCUUAUAAUACUUCCAUUUCACAUUAGAUGGUGGAAACAAGAUGGUUCAAUUCAAUCAGAGGACCAAAGCCUAAGGGAAUUGAAUAACAGGGUCCUUGAAAAGGCACCUUGCUCUGUAGGGAUACUAGUUGAUAGAUGCAGUAACCGGCGGCUAGUCUACAAAGAAGAUGCGCCAGCAGUAAUCAAUGUUGCUAUGAUCUUCCUGGGAGGUGAUGAUGAUAGAGAAGCCUUAACUUUUGCUAUUCGCAUGGCACAAGACACCAGGGUUAAAUUGUGUGUGGCACAUCUCCUUCCAGCAAACUUGAACGAACUGGAAGCAAAACAAGAUAAUGUGGCGUUGAAGGGAGUGAAGGAAAAGGAUCAUAUUACGUUUGGAGAAGAAGUGGUAGAUGGAGCAGCAACAACUGUUUCACUUAUUAGAUCCAUGGUGCCUGAAUACGAGCUUAUAAUUGUGGGUCGAAGAGACAACUUGGAUGGCAUUACCCCACAGACAAGUGGUCUAAGACAAUGGUGUGAGUAUCCGGAGCUGGGGCUAAUAGGAGACCUCAUCAUAUCGGAUGACAACAAGGCAGACUGUUCCUUAUUUGUUGUUCAGCAGGCACGAGAACAAGUAGAAGAACAGCAACAACAAAUGCCUUAGUAAAAGCAAAGUAGUGCGCAUCUUAUAGUUGCAGUGGUAGUUUAAAACUUUUUGUCCUGUGCUCUUUUUUAAGUGUGAUAGAGAUUAAUUUUUAAAAAAUAAAAAAAUUUAAUAAAAAAAUCAGUUUAACCCA